AUGUGCCGGCCGAAAUCGAAAGACGCCGUCAAUCCUCGAUGGAGGCCAAAUCCAUCGCUCAAUCCAAGGCGCCCCUCAGACCCACCAGCCACUCCGAGGACGACGCCGGCCAGCCCUAGACCCGUCGCCUCGACCAGCAAGAGCACCGAGCUCAGCCUCAACUCCACCGCCGCGUCCACGACCAGCAGCUCCUCCAACGGCACCUUCCGGGCGGCGCUCCCGGAGAAGCCCAUCCUCUAUUCAUUCUCGGAGCUCAGCCGAGCCACCCGCAACUUCCUCGCCCCCAGGAUCGGCGACUCCUCGGCCUGGCGGUGCACCGUCCGCGACAAGCCCGUCGUCAUCACCCGCCGCGAAGCCGCCAGUUCCGUCGCCAACUUCCCCUCCCUCCUCGCCGAUCUCUGCAGCGUUCACCACGCCGGUGUCCUCAAGCUCGUCGGUGGGUGCUCCCACGGGGCCCACGUCUACCUGGUCCACGACUUCCAGUCCGGGUCGAACCUCGCGGACCUGCUCCGACCCGCGUUCAACCCCAACUACAGCCCCCUCUCCACGUGGAUCUCUCGGGUUCGGGUCGCGCUGGACGUCGCCAAGGCCCUGGAGUACGUCCACCACGACAUCCCGACCCACUACGUUCACAAGCACGUCAAGUCCUCCGGCAUCCUCAUCACGGACCCGGACCUCCGGGCGAAGAUCGCUCAUUUCGGCUCCACGAUACUCACCGGCGAGGUGUCGCUCCGGGUCCAGUCGCCCUCCGGGUCCGAGAUCGUCGAGGAGCGCGCGGUGGCCGCCGGCAGGGGGCUCCGGCGGUCGAGCUCCAAGAAGAUCAGCGGGACUCAGGGGUACAUGGCUCCGGAGUACGUGUCAAGCGGGACCCUGACCCGGAAGGGUGACGUGUUCGCCUUCGGUGUGGUCCUGCUGGAGAUACUGACGGGGUCGGAGCCGGUGAGGUUCACGCGGCACCGCGAGACCAAGGUCAUCGAGAGGGUGAGCUUGGUGGAGGAGGCGAGGUCGGUGGCGUCCGACCGGGGAGGGCUCCGUAGGUGGGUCGACCCGAGGCUGAAGGACUCGUUUCCCGUAGAUUCCGCGGAGAAGAUGCUGGACGUAGCCACCGCGUGCGUAGAUCCGGACCCAGGCAAGAGGCCGGACAUGAGGUGGGUUUCGGGUCAGCUGUCUCGGAUCUGGAUCAAAUCCAAGAGGUGGGGUGAGACCAUGCAGGGAACCCAGGGCUUAACCGUUUCUUUCGAAGGCCGGUAA